GAAGUAAACAAUACAACCUUUAGCUAGCUUUGACGGUGUUUGGCGUCAGCUAGCUAGGAGGCGAUGGUUUAGUUUUUGCGUAGAUAAAUAUUUCACUAAUAUUUAAACAAAAAUGUCUUCAGUUGAAUAUUUGAGAGAGUUUGUUAACGGGCGACUAACUGCUGCUGCGGAAGAAAUAUUCGGAGUUUUUAAAAGAACCAUCGUCGAGUACGAAGAAGAGCUCGAGCGUCAGCGCAGACUGCUGGAUAUCGUUUGGAAACCACAAAUAAAGUUACACGGCACAGAGCUCCCACAGCAACAUGUCUGUAAGGAGGAGGAGGUUCCUGCUGACCAGCAGCUCUGUACUCAGGAGAGGAGCUCCAGUCUGGACCAGGAGGAGCCAGAGCCUCCUCAGAUUAAAGAGGAGCUGGAGGAGCAGGCAGAGCAGCUCGUACUGAAGCAGGAGGCUGAUGACUUUAUGUUGAUUCCUCCUUAUGAGGGAAGUGACCACAGUGAAGAUCAGAGUCUGGAUUUCAUCCCUGACGACAAUCUAAGUGUAGCAGAGACCGAGUCUGUAGUCAACAUACCAGUUAUAACCUAUGUGAUACCAGAAGCAAACAGUGACCUCCAGCUCCUCUACCAUAGUUCUCAUGUAACUGAGAGCAAAGAUCAAAAAGAAGGUGAGCACGGAGACUCAGGAUCAACGAGAAAUACAGAGCUUCAACCAAAGAAAAGAUGUCACAAAAGUGAUAGUAACAGUGUUUAUGACUUGACCGUUUCAGAUGUUCACAGUAACGCUGACACAGGCGAAAAAUCUUUGAAAUGUGACACUUGUGGCAAAGCUUUUAAGUAUAAGUCUGAACUAUAUAGACACCUGAGAAUCCAUACAGGUGAGAAGCCGUAUUCCUGUGAAAUAUGUGGGAAACAUUUCAGAUAUAACAGUCACUUGACAGUCCACAUGACAACACACACAGGUGAGAACCCAUAUUAUUGCAAAAUAUGUGGAAAAGAUUUCCCACACAAUAGCCGCUUGGUGGUCCACAUGAGGAUCCACACAGGUGAGGAACCGUUUACCUGUAAAACAUGCGGGAGAGCAUUCAGACUGAAUCGUCACUUGAAAGUCCACAUGAGAACCCACACAGGUGAGAAGCCGUACCUUUGCAAAAUCUGCGGGAAAACAUUUUGUGAGAUCUCCUCAUUGACAAGGCACACGAGAAUCCACACGGGGGAGAAGCCGUACGUUUGCAACACCUGCGGGAAAAGAUUCAGCGACUUGUCUGUUUUGAAAAGGCACAGUAGAAUACACACGGGGGAAAAGCCGUUCGUUUGCGCAACAUGUGGGAAAGCUUUCGGACUUAAAGGUAACCUCACAGCCCACAUGAGACUCCACACACAUGAGAAAUCGCAAGACCUGCAAGAAAAUACACUUUAACGUGUCUCAGUUGUCGUUGCACAUGAGAUCUCAUACAGAGAAGAGACCUUGAGUUUGUAAAACACAUUUCUUUGAAACAAUAUUCCAAAUUUAAAAAAAAAAUCUUUGCACGGUGAGUGAGUAAUUCCUCAGUCGUGUGUGCUUUAAACCAAAUUUGGUGCUGUUUGAGUCAAAAUCUAAAAAGUGACAUCAAAAGUUAAAGUAGACACAGUGAAGAAUUGUCCUUUUCAGACUGUAAAGUUAAAAUAUGCUGGAUGCUGUUUAGACCCAGUGGUGCCCUCAUACUUCUUCUAUAGACCUCGGCUCCCUGCAUUCAUAUUUAGCAUGGUUACCAAUUUUGGCCUCAAAAUGGACAUUGAUUUUAAACUAGAUAAACAGAUAAAUUCUGUUGUUAAAUCUAGUUUUUAUCAGCUGAGGCUUUUAUCUGAGGUUAAGGCUGUUUUUAUCUUUUAAUGAUUUGUGAUCGCCUCAUUCAUGUUUCAUUACAACCCGCGCCAGGCCUCCUUCUCAUGCUCACAGUUGGUCCUAACAGGCACAAGACAGGUUUUCCACAGU